ACGCAUAAGGAGCCGAUAGCUUGCUAUCCGACGGGGUGAAAAUGGGUGUCUCAGCACGGAUACCCUGCUGGGCUUUUGUUAUUCUUUAUCUUAAUUCUAUAGAUUUAGCAUCUUCUGAUACGUCUGCAGAUGAACUCGUUACGGUGCCAGAAAUAGAGACGCUCGUCCCGUCUGAUUCGGAGGGCUCUAGCUGUGGAUGUCACUCCUUGAAAAGACAGGGCGGCGUUGUAAGUCUUGAGGGAGAAACAGCCCCGUUGUCUGAACAAGCCGCUGUCAAAUACUCAAAAAGAGCUAACGACGAGAAACAAAACGACCAAGAACCUAAACAAGAUGUUAGCGGUAUUAACGAGAUGGUGUUGAUCCCUGCGGGAGAGUUCCUGAUGGGGACAAACAAUCCUGGGAUACCUCAGGAUGGGGAGGGGCCACAGCGUCGGGUUCACCUCAAGCAGUUCUAUAUGGAUGUUCACGAAGUCAGCAACCAGGACUUCCAGACGUUUGUCAACGCAACCGGUUAUGUCACUGAGGCCGAAAAGUUUGGAGACUCUUUUGUUUUUGAGGGUUUACUGAGCGAACCAGUGAAAAGCCAAAUCACCCAGGCGGUGGCUGCUGCCCCCUGGUGGUUGCCGGUAAGAGGGGCAAACUGGAGGCAUCCGGAGGGCCCAGACUCCAGCAUCGAAGAUAGCCCUCUCCUCGGCAGGCUGGACCACCCUGUGCUUCACGCCUCCUGGAGUGAUGCCACAGCCUACUGCACCUGGGCCGGGAAGAGGCUGCCAACAGAAGCAGAGUGGGAGUACGCCUGCCGCGGAGGCCUGAAGGACAGGCUUUACCCCUGGGGUAACAAGCUGUACCCGAAAGGUCAGCACUAUGCCAAUCUCUGGCAAGGGGAAUUCCCAUCACACAACACCGGAGAAGAUGGCUACAUCAGAACCUCACCGGUGAUGUCAUUUCCUGCCAAUGGGUACGGGCUGUAUGACAUGGUGGGCAAUGCCUGGGAAUGGACAUCUGAUUGGUGGACUGUGCAUCAUACCACUGAUGAGCUUCACAACCCUAAGGGGCCAGCAACAGGCCAGGACAGAGUGAAGAAGGGGGGUUCAUACAUGUGUCACAAGUCAUACUGCUAUAGGUACAGGUGCGCUGCCCGGAGCCAGAACACCCCUGACAGCUCCUCUUCCAACCUGGGCUUCCGCUGCGUUUCCCAGAAAGGGCUGUAACCUUUGAACCCUGAGGCUGAUUUGAAGGAUUUGGAAGAAGAUGCCUCCGUGUGCCACAUCACCACCUAUUACAUCAAGAACAAUGUGAGGCUUCAGCUGAUUGGCUGGUGGUGGAGUCGCAAUGCAACACUCCAAACAGAAGAGCUACCUAAACAUGCCAGUACCAGGGCCAUGUUCUGUGAUGUCACUAGCCACAGGACUCUCCAUCUGGACAACACUCCAUUACACAGGGGUCAGGUUCUUUUCCUGUUGCUCCCCCUGCCCUAACUGUCCUCUCUCACUUUGGCUAGUGAUGUAAUCUUUUCUCUAUUUUCAGCCAUUGCAUUGCAAGAGUCUGUAUAUUUGC